GUUGGUAAACAUGUCUCUCUAUCCUUCACUUGAAGAUUUAAAAGUUGACCAAUUGGCUAAAGCUCAAAUAGCUCAUGGUAAUACAGCAUAUCCAGUUUCUACAUCUCAUGCAUAUCCUAGUCCUUCUCAUGGAUAUCCUAGUGCUCCUCCAGCAUAUCCUAUAAAUCCUACUUCUCAGCCAAUAUCCGGUGACAAAUAUGCUAGUUUAUAUCCAGUCUUGGAUGAAUACAUGGGAUUACAGUUGCAGGAAUGUCCCAAUUACACUCCUCCUGCAACAGCUGUUGUUCCUGCUGCUCAGAAUACAGUUGGCAUUCCAUCUGCUAGGCCGAACAGUACUAUGAUCGCACCUAUUUCUGGAAACUCCCUUGGACUUGCUAGAUCACAACUCACCCACGGCUUACGUGAAGUCACUUUAUGCAAAGAUGGCAAAGGACGUGUAGGCAUUAGAGUACAGCCGGUGAACAAAGGUGUCUUUAUUAUUCUUGUUCAAAAGAAUACACCAGCUUCUCUUGCGGGUCUCCGAUUUGGCGAUCAAAUCCUGAUGAUAAAUGAUGUGAGUGUUGCGGGAUUUUCAAUGAGUGAUGUCCAUAAAAUGAUCAAGAAAGCUGAUCCUAAUCGUAUCACUAUGGUUGUGCGUGACAGGCCAUUUGAAAGGACCAUUACUGUCCACAAGGAUAGUGCUGGAACUGUGGGAUUUGGAUUCAAGAAUGGGAAAGUAAUCAACAUUGUUAAGGACUCUUCUGCUGCUCGCAAUGGAAUGCUCAUUGAGCACAAUCUUCUUGAAGUAAAUGGCCAAAAUGUAGUUGGAUUGCAGGACAAAGAAAUUUCAGCAAUCAUAAGAGAGAGUGAGUCUCCGGUUACUGUUACCAUUAUGCCUUCAUUUAUUUAUGACCACAUGUUGAAAAACACUGCUUCAAGUUUUAUCAAGAAAACUAUGGAUCACUCCAUUCCAGAUCUUUAAACUACUCUUUUUGAAAGAGAAUUUUUAAUUUCUUUUUCAUUGUGUCAAAACAAAAAAGUCUUAUUAUUUUUUUACUAAACAUUUUCUGGUCUGUAUUAAAUGAUUUCUAUAAUAUCUUUAUCGGUAAAGUCAUCUUUAAUGAGGCUGGCUUCAUUAUUGUGUAUAAAUAUAGUUUGAUAUAUGAUUUGAAGAUUCGAUUUCAAGUUUGAUAUACUAUUGUAUUGAUGAUUUGAUAUGAUUUCUUUUUUUUUUCGUUCUAUCUUACAAUGAAGAAUUGACUGUAAUCUGAAAUUGUAAUUUUUCAUUUCUAGUAUUCAAUUGAGCUGUUUGCUAAAAUUUUUACUUUCUUUAUGUUGCAAUUUAGUUAUGAUAUGGCUAUAGUAUUAGUAGCAUUCAUUGUUUUUAAUUAUUGCUAUUUUUGUGAUCUUUGUUAUAUCUUAUUGUUUUAAUAAAUGUUUAUAAACGUU